UCACACUUGUCCAGAAAAGCAAGAAACAGCUAGCAACUUGAGAUAGAGAAGUUCAGAGAAAUGGGUGGAGAAGGAGAAGGGAAGACAGUGUGCGUCACCGGAGCGUCGGGUUUCAUAGCCUCUUGGCUUGUAAAGCUCCUGCUCCAGCGUGGGUAUACCGUCAAAGGCUACCAUGAUCCAAAGAAAACAGAGCACUUGCUUGCACUAGAUGGAGCAAAGGAGAGACUUCAUUUAUUCAAAGCAGAGUUAUGUGAUGAAGGGAGCUUUGAUUCUGUUGUGGAUGGCUGUGAGGGGGUCUUCCACACAGCCUCCCCCGUUUUUCUCUCAUCCGAUGAACAUCAUAAGUCACAAAUAGUCGAUUCAGCAGUCAAUGGAACACUUAAUGUUCUUAAAUCAUGUGCAAAAGUAAGUUCAAUCAAGAGAGUAGUCCUCACAUCUUCAAUGGCUGCAGUUGCAAACACCGGGAAACCAUUGACCCCUGAUGUGCUUGUGGAUGAGACAUGGUUUUCUGAUCCUGAUGUUUGCGAGAAAUCAAAACAUUGGUACCAACUUUCCAAGACAUUAGCGGAGAAGGCUGCUUGGAAGUUCGCAGAAGAGAAUGGUAUCGAUUUGGUUGCAAUAAAUCCAGGAGUUGUGAUCGGUCCUCUUUUGCACCCAACUAUUAAUCUUAGUGUGGAUUUCAUAAUAGACAUUGUAAAUGGACGACAACUCCCUCCAUUUAAUCGAUUUGUUGACGUUCGAGAUGUUGCAUUUGCACAUAUUCUAGCAUUGGAGGUGCCUUCAGCUAGUGGGAGAUAUUGCAUGGUUGAAAGAACUGCAGACUAUUCUGAGGUGUUAAAGAUCUUAGAUGAAUUAUACCCUAAUUUGCACCUCAGCGAAAAAUUUAAAGAUAAGGAUGUUGGGACACUGCUUAAGGUAUCCAAGGAGAAAGCAAUAAGCUUGGGUGUGAAUUUUAUUUCCCUGCAUGUGAGUCUAAAGGACACUGUUGAAAGUUUAAAGGAAAAGGGUUUCUUAAGCAUAUUACUCUAAAAGACUUCAAUGUUAUUCCAUGAAAUUCAUUUUUCCUUCUGUUCCCCUGUUUUUAUUCUCCAAGUGUGAUGGUGUGAAGUGAGUGACAAUAAUUCCAGUUUAAGCUG